UCUGCUCAAAACUAUGAGAAGGAAGUCCAGAAUCCUGCUGUGCUUCGCCUUCCUCUGGGUUUUGGGGAUCGCUUAUUACAUUUACCUGGGCAGCGGGACGAGCCGGAAGAUUACCCAGAAUACUUUGAUUCAUGCACUCCUUUGGCUAUGAAGCGUUUUGGAACAUCUGGAGAUUGUGAAAGAUGUCAUUUUUUUUCUUCGUCUCCCUUGCUAUUGGCUAGCCUGCAGAAAAUAGUCGAUCUCGUUUUGAAGGAUGAAUGGAACUCUCUAGAUCCAAAUAAGAGAAAGAAUGGUCAGAACAACAAAGCAGAAGGACAAGCACAGAACAUCGAGACAUUACCACCUGGGAAAGUAAAGUGGCAAGACUUUGAUCAGGAAGCUUACAUUGAGGUCACUUUAGUAAAGAAUGGACAGGAUCCAUAUGCACGGAAUAAGUUUAAUCAGCUGGAAAGUGACAAACUGCGAAUGGAUAGGAAUAUUCCAGAUACCAGGCAUGAUCAAUGCAGGCGGAAGCAGUGGAACUCCGACUUAACAGCAACCAGCGUAGUUAUCACCUUUCACAAUGAAGCAAGAUCAGCAUUGCUUCGUACCAUUGUCAGCGUGCUUAGAAAAAGUCCACCACACCUGAUAAAAGAAAUCAUCUUGGUUGAUGAUUACAGUGACAACCCUGAAGAUGGCACUUUGCUAUCAAAGAUUGAGAAGGUCCGAAUUCUGCGAAAUAACAGACGAGAAGGCCUAAUGCGUUCACGUGUCAGGGGAGCUGAUGCAGCACAAGCAAACAUCCUUACAUUUCUUGACAGCCAUUGCGAAUGUAAUGAACACUGGCUAGAACCCCUCCUGGAGAGGGUGGUUGAGGAUAAAACUAGAGUUGUUUCUCCAAUAAUUGAUGUAAUUAACAUGGAUAACUUCCAGUAUGUUGGAGCUUCUGCUGAUCUAAAAGGCGGAUUUGACUGGAAUCUGGUCUUUAAAUGGGACUACAUGACUCCAGAACAAAGACGAGCUCGUCAGGGUAAUCCAAUUGGUCCCAUUAGAACACCCAUGAUAGCUGGGGGUCUCUUUGUGAUGGAUAAAGGUUACUUUGAAGAGCUUGGUAAAUAUGACAUGAUGAUGGAUGUCUGGGGUGGAGAAAACUUAGAAAUUUCUUUUCGAGUGUGGCAAUGUGGGGGCAUCCUUGAAAUCAUUCCCUGUAGUCGGGUAGGUCAUGUAUUCCGCAAGCAGCAUCCCUAUACAUUUCCAGGAGGCAGCGGUACUGUUUUUGCAAGAAAUACACGCAGGGCAGCAGAAGUUUGGAUGGAUGAAUUCAAAAAUUUCUAUUAUGCAGCAGUGCCUUCAGCUCGAAAUGUGCCAUUCGGCAAUAUUCAGAGCAGAUUAGAACUGAAGAAGAAAUUGGCCUGUAAACCAUUUAAAUGGUACUUGGAAAAUGUUUAUCCUGAGCUAAGAGUCCCUGAUCACCAAGAUAUUGCUUUUGGAGCUCUACAACAAGGUUCCAAUUGCCUAGACACACUGGGCCACUUUGCAGAUGGUGUUGUUGGUGUCUAUGAAUGUCACAAUGCAGGGGGUAACCAGGAAUGGGCAUUAACAAAAGGCAAGUCAGUGAAACAUAUGGAUUUGUGCCUUACUGUGGUAGACCGGGUGGCUGGUUCGGUCAUAAAGUUGCAAGGUUGCAGAGACAAUGACAGCAGACAGAAAUGGGAACAAAUUGAGAAUAACUCAAAACUAAGGCAUGUGGGCAGCAAUCUUUGUCUUGACAGUAGGAACAGCCGGAGUGGCGGGCUCACUGUUGAAGUCUGUAACCCAACCCUUUCACAACAGUGGAAAUUCACACUUAAUUUACAGCAGUAAUAGAUAUGGACCAUUACAUUUUGGAACUUUCAAUGUGGACAAUAUUUAAAUUGGUAAAUCAAGUUUGCAUUCAACCAUAUACCUCGAUUUUUGAAAGAGUUCCAUAUUACAUCUUUCUUUGAAUUAAUCUAUCGAGUGUCUAAACUUGUUGAUUUCGGUUACCCUCAAUCUCUAUAUUAUUUCUUUUCAAUUAGCAAAGUCCUUCCCUCCUGAUCUUAAAUAGUACGGUACACAUAUUUCAUCACAGCAAGAAUCAUUUCAGUCCUUCUGUUGUGGAAGUUUCCCAAAUAACAAUUUCUGUUCGAUAGGAAAUGCAGUGCACUGAUAAUGAAGGCUGCUUAUGAGCACAUCAAACAUUUGCGCCUCUAAAGAAGGUGGUGUCCAGCUCUGUACUGUUUCAAAAUUCACAUUAGUUUUUUUAUGAUUAAUUUUUGUAUCAACUAUUGUUCAAAUGCAAAGCUACUGUGUCUUUAUCUGAUGUUCAGUUUUUGCUGCAGUGUGCAGAUGCCAUAACUAAUUCAGCGUACGAGUUUUGUAAGCCGUGAAGAAUUGAUUAAAAAAAAGGCAAAAAAGAUGUUGGAAAGUGAAAUGAUAUCCAAAAAAAGGUCAUGUGCUGUUCUUGCAUUUUAUAUCUAUGUUACGUUCAUCUAAAUCUCAGCACUUAUUUCUUUCUGUGCCUGGGGUAGUUGGGUGUGGGUGAUAUGUAACCCUGUAAUUGUAAGGCACAAACACUUACUAAAUGUUAUUUAAUGGAUCAAAGUCAGUAGACAAUUCAAAGAUAUUUUAUAUUUAUUAUGUAAGUAGCUGUAUUAAGAGACUGUAAUGCACCAACAUCAUUCCUUUCAUCUGUGAUUCCAGCUUGCACUUUCUGUAAAAUCAUCCAAUAAUUUACCAGCUAGCUUUUUCUACAUUGAUUUUUCUUUUCAAAGUGGUGUCGAACACGUGCCUUCUUGUUCCAGGUUACUUAACAACAAAAAUAUAAUUCCUAGGUGAUUACAGUGCACCCAUGCAAUGGCAGUAUUUCUGUCUUUUAUUUACAUUUGUCAUCUGAAGGUUUAAGGGAAUUUUUUCAAAUCGAUCGCUCAGUGAACUGAAAGCAGUAGGAAGCUUAAACCAUGUUCCUCUGCCUUCCAAACUUACUUCUGCUAACAGUAUCAAUAUCUUAGUAUCAAUUUUCUGUAAAGUCUUACUUCAUUUAUAUUUAUUUAGUUUAUCAAAUUGAGGACCGUCAGGUUACACUAUGUUGAGAUUUAGUGAGCACAAUGCAAUAAAAAAUGUCUGGCACUACCAGAGAACAUCAAGGUUGAUUAAAAUGAGAAACAUGUCUUUCUCGUAUCUCCAAACCUCCUCGCCCGUGCCCCCCUCCAGUUAUAUUUGUUACUUUAUUGCUGUUUCCCUAUCAUGCCUCAAUCUCUGCUUCUUUUACUGUUCCAUGUCUUUGUGCUAAUGGACAGACAAUGAUUUUAUUACCAACUUUAAAAGCAUAAAUUGUACGUGUGAAACAUCCAAGUUCUUCUUGGAAAGAAAAAUUUUACUGCUGCUGAACAUGGGGUUUGAUGUUAGUUUUCAAAUAAAAUGUUUACAUGCCACAGUGUGCCAAAGUUCAUUGUAGUAGAAAAGCAUCAUCCUUUUCAUUUAUAAUUAAUAAUCUUAACAUUUUAAAUACAGUAUUUCCUUCUAAUAAGAAAAGUCCCAUUAUUAAAAAGCUUUUGCAACGCCCAAAAUGCAAAGGAGCUUGGUUGGGGAACCUAAAUAUGUGUUUAUCUUCAAAUAUAAGCAAAAGCAAGUUUGAUGUUAAGUAACACGUGACUAUUGAUUUUUUUUUCAGUGUAAGACUAAUUUCUUUUCUCAAUUCCCAGUUCUUUACAAAAGUUAUUCUUAAGAGUAAUAUUAGUGUUGUGCGCAGCUACGUCACUGUGGAGUGUUUGAAUGAUACCAAGUGUCACCAAUUCAUUAAAAUGACUCUCCCCACAUUUUUCUCACUAAUCUACAAAGCAUGAUCUUACUCAUACUUUUUAUAGAUGUGAUGGAAAGCAUCGUUGAAAUUGAAUUAAUUUUAAUAAACUUUAUACCUUUAAAUUCCAA